AUGGCUAGCUCUGCUGCAAUACAGGAACACACGGCGUAUGUUGGCAACAUCUCACCCGAGGUGCCCAAAGAGCUGAUUUAUGAGCUUUUCCUACAAGUUUGUCCCGUUAAAAGCAUUCGAUAUCCUAGGGACAGAGUCUUGGACACUUACCAGGGAUUUGCAUUUGUAGAAUUUUAUGGUGUAGAAGACGUUGAAUAUGCGUGUAAAUGCCUGAACAAUGGGGUGAAGUUGUUUGGACGGACUCUGAAAGUUCGGAAAGCCAAUGGAGCGUCCAGUGCUUCUGGCGCAGCGGACAGUGCAAACCAACUGGACGCCAAAUGCGGAGGAGCCAAGCUGUUUGUGAAAAAUCUUGAUGAACUUGUGGAUGCACAGACCUUAGGAAAGAUAUUCGGCAAGUUUGGGCCUCUUGCUAGCCCGCCAGAGAUCUUUAGUCUGAAGCAGAAUCAGCUGCGAUGCGCCUACAUAUAUUUCUCCACUUUUGAGCAUUCGGAUAAGGCGCUUGCCAAGCUCAACAAUCAGAUGGUCAUGAAUAAAGUUAUCAAUGUGGAUUAUGCCUUGAAAGAAGGCAGCAGAAAUGAGAAGCAUGGCGACGAAAUUGAAAGACUGCUCGAUGCAGAAGCAGCCAAAAACAGAACGACGACCCUGCCAGCCUGA